UUUCUCAAUCAAAUCCAUUGCGAUAAGAAAACCAGACACAGUCGACAGUCUCCUCGAAUUCACCAUGUUCUUGGAACCUUGAUAUGGAGUUUGUCGGAUUUGUGAUGUGAUUCUGUUGCUCCAUAAUCUGAAAAUUGGUGUUUCUGCUACGAAACAUUUAUAGUCUACUACACAAGGGAGGCGGAAAUGGGUUCUUGGGCUAGAGUAUCUGUUUUGACUAUUCCAUGGUCUACAAUCAAUGCCGAAUCUGCUACGGACUCCAAAUUAGGCGCUGUGUUUUAUAAAAUGUACAGAAAUCCAAAUAAUAGAAAACUGUGUGUCUCUUUUGCUUGGGAUGAUUAUAAACUUAGGAGUCUUGGUGUGAUUAAAUCAGGCCAAGAUAUAUCUUAUUUUCAAACCGAACAAGAAGUAGGAACUUGGGAAGAACCAGAUACUGGCAGUGACAGUGAGUCUGAUAGUGAGGAAGUUGAAGACCACUUCCUAUUUGAAAGUGACGGAAUGAGGGCUUCAGUUGUUGCUGAUGUUAAUGUAACUUCAAGGGACAACUAUGACGAACUUAUUAAGAAAGAGGUUGAACAGCUUUUGGAACCAGAAGAAAGAGCAAUAUUGCAACAGAAUGUUACUCCUAACUUGGAAAAAAUAUCAACUGAAAAAUGGAGCCCACUGCACACUCUUGUGCUAUCAAUGCAGAUGAGUUGCGUGGAUAAGCUUCUUGAUAACGGCAUGGACAUUGAUUUGCCUGAUAAGGAAGGCCUUACUGCACUUCAUAAGGCAAUUAUAGGUAAAAAAGAUACUUUGAUUAGCCAUCUUCUACGGAGACGAGCAAAUCCGCAUGUUAAGGAUAAGGAUGGAGCCACUCCACUUCAUUAUGCAGUUCAAGUUGGCGCCAAGAUGACUGUGAAAUUAUUGAUCAAGUACAAGGCUGAUGUCAAUGUUGAAGAUAACGAUGGUUGGACCCCCUUGCACGUUGCCAUUCAGAGCAGAAAUAGAGAUAUAGCAAAAAUUUUGUUAGUCAAUGGUGCUGAUAAGACAAGGAAAAAUAAGGACGGAAAAACAGCUCUGGAUCUAAGCUUAUGCUAUGGGAAAGAUUUUAAGUCUUAUGAACUUGCCAAAUUACUGAAGACGGUUCCAGCAGAUAGCUGUCUAUGACGUUAGGAUGCAAUUGGCUAGAACCAGAGUGAAGUUUCAGCUGAAUGGUAGCUGCUGCUAAUUAGCGAGUAAAUCAUCCCGUCGGCAUUCAGCCUCUGAAGAUAUGCAGCUGAUCUUUUCCAAAAUGAGGAAACUUUUGGUGGAACAAUUCAUUAUCUUCCACGUCAUUGAUUACUUGGAAUAUUUUCGCGGCAAAGUUAGAAUUGACAACAUUGUCCUGUCAAACCCACACUCAUUUUCAGUCUAUAAGUUGAGAAUAUUAUUAGUGAUCCGCAGACACAAAGUGCUUGGCAAAUUGCUGAGUUAUUUUUUAUGAACUGCUCAAACCACUGUGAUCAUUCUAUGAAUUGUUUCAACUGAUAAUGAGUAACCUGGGUGCUCAAAUUUUGUAAUUAAUUGUAACAAGUAGACGUAGUUCAUAAUUUCUGUUGUAUGCACGUGUUACAUUUUCAGUUUCUUUGAAUGAUAGACAUUGGCAUUAGUUUUUUGGUUUAUUUAUUUAUGAUUAAA